CACAAACCAGCAAACAAAACCAUUUUAAAAAAUGAUAAAAAUGAUAGUAAAAACCUUCGUAAUGGUGAUAGUGUUUGCACAAAUCUUAGCUCCAAUCGCUGAAGCUGCUCAAGGAAGAGCUGUCUAUUACGACCCUCCCUACACUAGAUCUGCUUGUUAUGGAAGACAAUAUGAAACGAUGGUGGUUGGAGUCAGGACCAAUCUGUGGCAAGGAAGUAGAGCUUGUGGUCGGAGGUACAGGGUUCGAUGCCUUGGUGCUACAUAUAAUUAUCCGGGAGCGUGCACCGGACGUACCGUAGUCGUCAAGGUAGUUGAUUUCUGCCGGGAGCCAUGCAAUGGCGAUCUUAAUCUCUCUCGUGACGCUUUUCGGGUCAUUGCUAAUACUGAUGCCGGUAACAUCCGCGUCGAGUACACACCGAUGUGAAGUUUAUAUACGCUCCAAGCAAAGGAGGGUGAAAUAAAGAGAUGAUGUCGUGCGUGGUACUAAUACUAUUCCAAUAAAUCGAAUGGAACUGAUAUAUAACCUUACUAAAUUAUAUGUAUGGAUGAUCUACUUUUGUAAUGAAAAACAUAGUGCUUCAAAUAAGAAUUCCACUAUUUCUGUUGAACUUUAAGAAAAAAAAGUUUAAGAAAAAAAAAUGUUCUUACAUUAAUUAAAAACUAGAUUUUGGACCUGUGC